UGACAGGGCGAUGGCGGGUUCGCGGGUGUGAGGCUUCACAGCGGUCCGGUGACCAAGUCGAGGUACGGGUGAUGUCGGUUCGCGGCUAGCAGAGGAAUUCCGGAUGAUCUUGCCUAACGAGCGGCCUCAUAGCGCCGCCAGGAAACUGUGCGUGGUUUCUCGAGUCCUUGGAGAGUGAAGGCUCCCGGGCACGGAGAGCCCAUUGGUUCACGGCCUAGUGUUGGGUUUGUCCCCAGUCAGCCCUUGCUGGCCUUGGGUUCAACCGAAUGAACGCCAGAAACUCUGUGGGGCGAGUGGAGUCACCAAGCGUGGUGCAUCCACACAAAUCAGCCUACCGUACUGGGAAAGAGCCACCUGAAUUUGAUUUUUCUGGUGGUCUAGUCUCAGAGAUUACAUCUGUAGUCAGCACAAUGAUUCCCUUCCAAGCCCAGUGGUGCCCAGUUGCCUCCAGGUCCCAGACCUUUAUGUGGACAAGAAAAGCUUACAGAGGAAAUGGUAAUUCUCCACUUGCACCCUGAGGUGUCCAGUUGCAGCCCAUGGAGAUCCAGUUCAAUUAUGAAUCUCAGGAACACCACCUUCUGUCAGAUGGUGAGAACAAGACCAAGAUUGGAAAGCCAGCUUCAGAGGAGGGAAUUACAGCAAAAAUCGAACCAUUGACAGAAGAGUCUAGCAGUCUCAGAGAGAAUGUUCUCCAGGAUUGUGAAGGCAGAGAAUUCUGUGAAUUUGGGGAUAAAUUAAAUGAAAAAGAUCAGAACGUCUUUAAAAGGAGACCUCAUAACUGUGACAAAUAUGGGCAAAGCUUUGUUUGGAGUACAAGCCUUUUUAGGCAUCGAAGAACCCAUUGUGAGAAACCUUAUGAAUGUGAUAAGUGUGAAAAGGCCUUUAGUGUGAGCUCAGCCCUGGUUCUGCAUCAGAGAAUUCAUACUGGGGAGAAACCCUAUUCUUGUAAUUGGUGUAUUAAAAGUUUCAGUCGGAGCUCAGACCUUAUUAAACACCAAAGAGUCCACACCGGUGAAAAACCUUAUAAAUGUGAUGAGUGUGGGAAAGCCUUCAGUCAGAGCUCAGAUCUUAUUAUACAUCAGAGAAUCCAUACGGGAGAAAAACCCUAUCAGUGCAGUCAUUGUAGUAGAAGUUUUAGCCAGCGCUCAGAUCUGGUUAAACAUCAGAGAAUCCAUACUGGAGAGAAGCCUUAUACUUGUAACCAGUGUAACAAACAUUUUAGUCAGAGUUCUGAUGUGAUAAAACAUCAAAGAAUCCACACUGGGGAGAAACCAUAUAAAUGUGAUGUGUGUGGGAAAGCCUUCAGUCAGAGCUCAGAUCUUAUUCUGCAUCAGAGAAUCCACACUGGGGAGAAACCAUAUCCAUGUAAUCAGUGUAGCAAAAGUUUCAGUCAGAAUUCAGACCUUAUUAAACAUCGAAGGAUCCACACUGGAGAGAAACCCUAUAAAUGUAAUGAAUGUGGGAAAGCUUUUAAUCAGAGCUCAGUCCUUAUUUUACAUCAGAGGAUUCAUACUGGAGAGAAACCCUAUCCUUGUGAUCAAUGUAGCAAAACCUUCAGUAGGCUUUCAGAUCUUAUUAAUCAUCAACGAAUUCACACUGGAGAGAAGCCUUACCCAUGUAAUCAGUGCAAUAAAAUGUUUAGUCGAAGAUCGGAUCUUGUUAAACAUCACAGAAUUCAUACAGGUGAGAAACCCUAUGAAUGUGAUGAAUGUGGGAAAACCUUUAGUCAGAGCUCCAACCUUAUUCUUCAUCAGAGAAUCCACACUGGAGAGAAACCUUAUCCAUGUAGUGAUUGUACUAAAAGCUUUAGUCGCCGUUCAGAUCUUGUUAAGCAUCAAAGAAUACACACUGGAGAGAAACCAUAUGCAUGUAAUCAGUGUGAUAAAACUUUUAGUCAAAGCUCAGACCUCACUAAACAUCAGAGAGUACACUCUGGUGAAAAGCCUUAUCAUUGCAAUAGUUGUAAGAAAGCCUUCAGUCAGAGUUCUGACCUUAUUCUUCAUCAGAGAAUUCACACUGGAGAAAAAUCAUAUCCAUGCACACAGUGCAGCAAAAGUUUCAGUCAGAACUCAGACCUCAUUAAACACCAGAGAAUCCACACUGGGGAAAAACCAUAUAAAUGCAGUGAGUGCAGGAAGGCUUUCAGUCAGUGCUCAGCUCUUACCGUACACCAGAGAAUCCACACUGGGGAGAAACCAAAUCCAUGUGAUGAGUGUGGCAAAAGCUUUAGUCGGCGUUCUGAUCUCAUUAACCAUCAAAAAAUACACACUGGUGAAAAGCCGUAUAAGUGUGAGGCACGUGGGAAAGCCUUUAGCACAUGCACAGAUCUUAUUGAACACCAGAAAAUCCAUGCUGGGGAGAAACCUUACCAGUGUGUUCAGUGCAGGAGAAGUUUUAGCCAACUCUCUGAACUUACUAUUCAUGAGGAAGUCCAUUGUGGGGAAGACAGUUAAAAUGUGAUGAAUGUGAGAAAACCUUUAGUAUAUACUUCAACUCUAUUCAGUACCAGAGACACCAUACCAGGAAAAAAUCUAAUGAAUGCUAUUCAUUAUUGAUGAGUAUGAAAAAGUUUUUUAAUCAGUGGUAAGCUCUUAUGCUACAUUAAAACCACACUGGAGCCAGGCGUGGUGGCUCACGGCUGUAAUCCCAACACUUUGGGAGGCAGAGGUGGAAGCAUCACUUGAGCCCAGGAGUUUGAGACUACAAUGAGCUAUGAUCCCAUCAUUGCACUCCAGCCUGGGCAACAGAGCAAGACCCUGUUCAUUAAAAAACAACAACAACAACAAACAAACCAAAAACACCAGUACCACACAGGAGAUUGUAAUUCAGUUUUUAUAAUGAAAGUUUAACUCAGAGCUCAGACAUUACUAAAAUUAAGAAAAAUUCUCCAGCCUGGCCAACAUGGUGAAAGCCUGUCUCUACCAAAAAAUAAAAAAUAAUUAGCUGAGUAUGGUGGCAGGCACCUGUAGUCCCAGCUAUUCAGGAGGCUGAGGCAUGAGAAUCACUGGAACUUGGGAGGUGGGGGUUGUGGUGAGCCGAGAUCCGCCACUGCACUCCAGUCUGGGCAACAGAGUGAGACUCUGUCUCAAGAAAAAAAAAAAAAGAAGAAGAAAAAGAAAAACUCUGAGGAAGAGUCCUGUGAGUUGUGGGAAAAUCUUCAAUGUGAAAAAAUUUUUUACUGAAUGUCAGUAUACAACAAUAGAAACAAAUUUCUAUCUUUUCUAUUAUGUUGGAAAAGCUGUAGUCUUAUUCAGACAUAACCUACAGGAAGAGAGUUGUAUUAUUGUGAGAGAUCUAAUGCAGAACUUAUCAAGUAUUGUAAAAAUCAGUGUGGGAGGUAUUCAGUCAAAAGUCAGAAGGAAAUGUAUUAUUGUUAUAAUCUCAAACCUUUAGAGAGCUUAAAUUACCAAUUGCAUAUCAGAAAUUAUUUUAGAUAAUGUAGGGAAAACUUAAAUCCCCUCCAUAUCUUAAUUGGCAUUUAUAAUAAUAUGACACUUAACCCUGAUAGCUAGUCUUACUUUAUGCUAAUGCUAGAUAUCUAUUUUUAAAUUCCACGUGUGUAAACAUGCUAUACUAUUCUGAUAUUAAACUUACUAAGUACAUAAUUCCAGUGCCCCCUUUUCUCAGAAGUUUUUUUUGUUUUUAGUUUUGGAGGGUAUAGUUUUGGUUUUCCUAGUGCACAUUAGUUUGUGCAAGUUGUCGUAAUGUUCACAGCAAAUAUAGAUUUAUUUUGCUUUGAAUAAUACAGCACAUAAAUUCUAUUGGUUUGAAAGUUCUUCACUACCAUUUAAUAACAGCUUCUAAACCUGUGAAACAGGAUCUUUAAAAAAAUUUUCCAUAUGUCAAAGUGUAGAGAUGUUUCUAGCAGCAUUUAUCUUCUCAUCUAUAGAUUGAACAAAAAGUGGUAGCUGUGAAAUUGUGAUUUAUAAUAAAUAUAUAUCUGGUCUUCAUCCCCUGGUACAGAGCUCGUAAAACCCUUGAAAUUUCCUGAGUGGUAAGAGUAAUUAGGAUGACAAGCCCCUUUAACCACACCUGAGUUUAUGUUAAUGAGGUUACUUUUGGAAAGACAGAACCACAGGAUGGGGACUAGUUGCCAGGAGAAUCAACCAUGUGAUUAGAGGGUUGGAACUUUCAGAUCAACUCCACCCUACCUUGACCUCUAGGAGGAGAGAGGCUGGAGAUGGAAUUCAGUCACCAGUGGCCAGUGAUUUAAUCAUUCAUGCCUACAUGAUGUGGCCUUCAUAAAAACCUAAAGGACAGGAUUCAGAGAGCUUCCAGGUUGAACUUGUUGAGGUACUAGGAGGGUGUUGUACCUAGGAAGGGCAUGGGAGCUCAGUGUUCUUCCCACACACCUUGCCUUAUGCAUCUCUUUCAUCUGGCUGACCCUUAGUUGUAUUCUUUUACAAGAAUCUAGUAAAUAAACUUUUCCUACAUUCUAUGAGCCAUUCUAGCUAAUGCUGAAACUCAAAGAGGGGAUUGUAGUAACGUUGGAUUUAUAACCAGUUGUUCAGAAGCAUCAGUGAAAACAUGGACAUGAGAUUGGUGUCUGAAGUGCAGAUUAGUGUCCGAAACUGACACAACUGGUGUCACUUGUAGAACUGAGCCCUUAACCUGAAGCAUCUAUGCUGAUCUGAUUCCAGGUAGAUAGCAUCAAAAUUUAAUUACAGGGCACUUAGUGGGUAUCCACAGAAAAUUGGAGAAUUGCUUGAUAUGGGAAAACCUCAUAUACAUCUGCUGUCAGAAAUAUUGUGAGUAUAGAGAAGACAAUAAGUUUUUCCUAUACAGUAGCUAAAGUACCUACAUGAUUAAUUUGUAUAGUCUAUUCUGUGUAAAAAUAAAAAGACUUUCUGAUAUUUUUUU